AGGCCUCGUCUCUGGCCCCCGAUUCCUCCACCGCUUCCGCCGCCACCACCGCCGCAGCCCUCCCAUCCUCGGUUCCUUCGUUGAGAAGGCGUUAUCUAUAUCCUUCGUACCAGCUCUCGACCCCCCCAAUCGUGUCCCCGUCGGGCGAUUCUCCUUGCAGUGCGACGACGUCGGCGGCUUCAGCCUCCUCAACUGCCGCCAUGGCCUCGUCCUCAUCUUCCUCCUGAAGCACAACCAGGUCCUGGUGUGGGACCCCAUCAGCGGCGACCAGCACCGCAUAGCCGUUCCUCCGAGCUUUUGUGUGGUGACGGGGAGACGGACAACCGGGGCGGUGCUCCGGGCUGACGGGGACGCCCACCACUUCCAAGUGGUAUUGAUAGGCACAUACAAAGAACAACAUCCACGAGCAAUCGCCUGCAUUUACUCCUCGGAGACGGGCAUAUGGGGCAAUCUGCUCUCGACACUGCUUCCAUACGAGGCUCGGUCGGCUUAUACGGGCAUGGCUUGUGUCCUGGUUGGGAAUUGCCUUUAUUGGGUUCUUAUUGGUGAGAGUCCACGCAUACUUGAGUUUGAUUUGGAUAAGCAGAGCUUAACUUUGAUACAUAUGCCAGUGGACUUGUACGCCACUAAUGCUUGCCAUUUCUCAUUUAUGCGAGUGGAGGGUGGUGUCCUUUCUUUCCUCAUUUCCUCAUGGGACUUCAAUGCCCAAUUAUGGAAUAUGGAGAAAAAUUGUGAUGGUGUUGUUUCAUGGGUGCUGAGAACAACCAUUGAAUUGGACAAGCUACUUUCCCUCAAACCAGAUGAUGGAGGGCCCCAACUGAUAAUAGGGUUUGCCGAGGACAAUAUUGCGUUCUUCCUGUUGACAAAAGUCGGCGUCUUCAUGGUCCAGCUUAAGUCAUUGCAGUUCAAGAAACUUUCCAAAACCAACUACUUGUCUCACUAUCAUCCAUUCGAAAGUGUCUACACUGCAGAUAUUAGCGGUGAACGUGAUGGAGCUGAACUUUUGCACAACAUGCAAGAUAACUGUCUGGUCAGACAUGCGUAAGAUGACGCUGACCAGGUAUCUGAGAUGCAGAAAUGGCUUGCUUGCUGUAGGUUCUUCAGUGUUGUGUAGGCACUAGGCACUCAUACCACAGACCAUAGGCAGAAGAAAGUACAAAAACUGCUAUGUACAGCAAGCCAACAUCAUGUUUCCUGCUGAUUCUUUCAUGUAUGGCCAGCAGAGAAAUGCGAUCAAUUCCAUCGGAAUUGCCCGUACAUUCAGUAUCUCAAGCCUCUCUUAUGUAAGAGUGUGGGUACCCCAUAUAGAAUGACAAAAAUCGGACAAAAAAUGUUGAAAACAAAAGGUUUUGAAAGCAACAAAGAUAUUUCAGAAUUA